AAUAUAAUUCCGGUUGUUUGCUUAAAUUUUGUGAAAUCCACUUAAAAAUUGUUAAUUAAUUAUAAGAAAAUAUUUUAUUAAAGUUAAAAACUAAAAAAAAAUGUUUAAAUCGUUAAGACAAGGUCGAAAAUUCGUGAGAUUUGUUUCGACAGCAAAUCAAUCAACGAAUAAAAGAUUAAAUUACGCCACGACAGCCAUUGUCGUUGGAACUGCCGUCGGAUUCACAGCUUAUUACCAUUCAUCCCUCGUACAAAUGGCUUCUCCUCAAAAACGCGUCGACUAUUCGAAAUACAUGGCUUUACCUGUAACUCCAACUGCCGAUUUGGAAAAUGCUCCCGACGACAUGCGAACCCGCAUGGAAUUGAUGAUCAUGAAAAUUCAAGCGGAUUUUUGUCACGCCUUGGAAAACGAAGAAAUGUUCGGAGGAAAGUUCAAAGUUGAUCGUUGGUUGCGCAAAGAAGGCGGCGGCGGCAUCACGUGUGUCUUGCAAGAUGGCGAAGUCUUUGAAAAAGCAGGCGUUAACAUUUCCGUGGUAUCGGGAACACUUCCGCCCGGCGCUGUAGCACAAAUGCGCGCUCGCGGAAAGGAUUUAGGCAACGAUCCGAUGCCGUUUUUUGCUGCUGGCGUGAGUUCAGUGAUUCAUCCGCGGAAUCCAAUGGUGCCGACAAUCCAUUUUAACUACCGUUACUUCGAAGUUGUGAAGAAAAAUGGCGAGAAAAUGUGGUGGUUUGGCGGCGGAACGGAUUUGACGCCGUAUUACCUGAACGAAGACGACAGCAAACAUUUCCAUGCGGAACUGAAGAAGGCAUGUGACGAGCAUGACACGACUUAUUAUCCGAAAUUCAAGAAAUGGUGCGACAAAUACUUCCAUAUCACGCAUCGGGGCGAAAGUCGGGGCAUCGGAGGCAUCUUUUUCGAUGACAUUGACACGCCGAGUCAAGAAGAAGCCUUUAAAUUCGUGACUUCGUGUGCGGAAUCCGUUAUCCCAUCGUAUUUGCCGCUCGUGAGACGCCACAAAAAUGACGAAUAUGGCACGCGGGAACGUGAAUGGCAGUUAUUACGUCGCGGGAGAUAUGUAGAAUUCAAUUUAAUCUACGAUCGAGGCACGAAAUUCGGACUUUACACACCCGGAGCAAGAUACGAGAGCAUUUUAAUGUCACUUCCGUUGUUAGCUCGAUGGGAGUACAUGCAUGAACCCAAAUCCGACUCCCCCGAAGGAAUUUUGAUGCAAGUUUUGAAAAAUCCGAGAAAUUGGCUCAACCUUCCUGAAGAAGAAGAACAAAAUAAUUAAAUUUUAACAUUUUUUUUUACAAAAAAAAAUCAAAAUAAAAUCAAAAAAUGAAUGAACUCCUCAA